CUAGAGCCUAGAGGACCGUCAAUCAUUAGUGCGCGUAGUUUAGUAGUCUGAACGCGUCACGGUCACAGCGGCUCUCCCCAGACUGCACUGUACACAGUGCCCGGAUUAUAAUAUCAAAGAAGAAACGACCAAGAUCUUCCUUCUAUAUGGCAAUAUUGAAAAUUCAAAAUCAGCAACUUAGGCGUCCACAGUCACCCCACUGCCACAGCUGGUGGUGUAGUACUGCAUACAUAUUACAGCCAAGUUCCUUCUCGCUAUAAUAACACCUCUCGAAAAUGUCCUCCACUGAAAACCAACUCAGGGAACGAAGUCUAAGAAGACUUCAGAUCUCUGAGUCACAAAAGUCUACCGAAGUGCAAUGGAUGCCCUCUAGAUACAGCUCAGACGUAUCUCAGUACGUUCUCGUAAGACCUCCCCGAGCUCCAUGCGGCAAUCGUCAGCUGUUUGGUUUCCCUAUUAUCAAGAAGGAACUUUGGAACAUGGGGACCAUUGCUUUCCAUCAUAUUCAACCAGACAAAACUUUACCAGACAACCACUCCUUCCUCGCCAUGAAUUCACUUACCUUCCUCGAGUUAUAUCUCCGUCUUCGUGUUUGCACUAUGGCACGUGGAAAGGUGGUUGGAGACUCGAAGACCAUCCCUUCGGAGUGUGUGUCGUCGGGAGAGGUGCUGGUGUUGGUAUUAUGGAGGGAUACAGAACCUGAGGCGAACUGUCCCACGCCAAGUCAAGUGCAUUCCCUGGAGAACAAGCUUGGGCGCCCACCGGGAUGGUGGGUGGAAGUCCCACAAUUUUGAUGAGUAUUCCGUCAUCAUUCCAUGACUGGCUGUGUCACCUACCCCACACCUGUAGCAAUUUCAUUCAUGUCCAAUCACUCUGGCACUUUAUGUGUGAUAUAUAUACUCAACAUGAGACACAACAAUACAUAAUAUCAACCCCCAUCGGGCCAAACGCUUUUCUGCCAAGAAAUGCUGUUCGUGUCUUCG